GAUUCAUUGGAAGCUUUUAGAAACGGCGACAAUGGCGGCUACGAAAGCUCUGGGAUUUGUUUUGCCGACGGGCUUCUUCAUCCAGCCGUCAUUGACCCGUCGCGGAGGAGUUAGGUUCUCCGUCGUCCAGUGUUCCGUUUCUUCAGUCACCUCUACAGGCACCGCAUCUGGUCUUUUGGAGAAACCUUGGAGCUCAUACAAUGCUAGGCUAGUGUUAGAAGAUGGCUCUGUGUGGUUGGCUAAGUCUUUUGGUGCUUCUGGAACCCGUGUUGCUGAAUUGGUAUUUAACACCUCUUUGACAGGGUAUCAAGAGAUUCUGACUGAUCCUAGUUAUGCUGGACAAUUUGUGCUAAUGACAAAUCCUCAGAUCGGUAACACCGGUGUCAAUCCCGAUGAUGAAGAAUCAAGGCAAUGUUUUUUGGCUGGUUUGGUGAUAAGAAGUCUUAGCAUCAGUACCUCAAACUGGAGAUGUACGAAAACACUGGGUGACUAUCUAGCAGGGAGGAACAUUAUGGGAAUCUAUGAUCUUGACACACGGGCAAUAACCCGUCGAUUAAGAGAAAGCGGCAGUCUUAACGGUGUGCUUAGCACUGAUGGAUCUAAAACCGAUGAGGAACUUUUGCAUAUGUCCCGCUCUUGGGAUAUCGUAGGCCUUGAUCUAAUAAGCGAUGUUUCGUGUAAAUCUCCCUACGAAUGGGUUGAAAAAACAAAUCCUGAAUGGGAGUUUAACACAACCUCCUCACAUCACAAGGAAUCCUACAGAGUUAUUGCUUAUGAUUUCGGGAUCAAGCAAAACAUCCUAAGACGCUUGGCAUCGUACGGCUGUGAAAUCACGGUUGUCCCAUCGACAUGGCCAGCUGCAGAGGCGCUUAAAAUGAAUCCAGACGGAAUUCUAUUCAGCAACGGUCCAGGAGAUCCUUCUGCAGUGCCUUAUGCAGUUGAGACGGUUAAAGAGCUUCUAGGAAAAGUUCCUGUCUAUGGAAUCUGUAUGGGUCAUCAGUUACUUGGACAAGCUCUUGGAGGUAAAACCUAUAAGAUGAAGUUUGGUCAUCAUGGAGGAAACCAUCCAGUUUGUAACAACAGAACCGGCCAUGUCGAGAUCAGUGCUCAGAACCAUAACUAUGCAGUAGACCCAGCUUCUCUUCCCUCCGGUGUCGAAGUGACUCAUGUCAAUCUCAACGACGGAAGUUGCGCUGGUCUCUCUUUUCCUGCAAUGAAUGUCAUGUCUCUUCAGUAUCACCCUGAGGCUUCUCCUGGACCUCAUGACUCCGAUAACGCAUUUGCAGAGUUUGUAGAGCUCAUGAAAAGAUUUAAACAGAGCACUUGAUCUCGGGUAAAACAGUGAUCAAGCGAAGGAGUUUUGUUUAGGUGGAUUGAAGUUGGAGUUGCGAAGUUUUUUUUGUCGUGUGAGAAAUAAAAUAUCAUUAUAACU